CAGCACCUCUUUAUUUAAUGGAAACCAAAGAUUUAACAUUGGAGUGUAAAAAAGCUCUGACGAGAAUUUUUAAAAUAUGUGAUUUAGAUAAUGAUGGACUUUUAAAUGACAGUGAGUUAAAUUUUUUUCAAAAAAGAUGCUUUAAUGUGCCACUUCAGCCACAAAUACUUGAGGAUGUAAAAUCGGUUAUAAGGAAACACUUAAAUGAUGGUUUAGAAAAAAAUUCGAUUACACUAAAUGGUUUCUUAUUGCUUCAUUGCUUAUUUAUUCAAAAAGGUCGUAAUGAAACCAUAUGGACUGUUCUUAGAAAAUUUGGUUAUGAUGACAAGUUAAAUAUGUCACCAGAUUAUUUGUAUCCUCAUAUAAAUAUAGCUUCAGGUUGCACAACUGAAUUAUCCUAUAAAGGCCAACAAUUUUUUACCGCACUUUUCGAAAGACAUGAUAAAGAUAAAGAUGGCGCACUAAGUCCUACAGAAGUAGCUAACUUAUUUGCAACUUGUCCAGCACCAGCUUGGGGAAAGGAAAUACACAGAACUAAAUGGAUAACUUUAAAUGGAUUUUUAUGUCAUUGGAUGUUAAUUACACUUUUCGAUAUAACAAAGACUUUAGAAUAUUUAGCUUAUUUCGGAUAUAAUGUCGAAGAGGGUGGAAAUCAAUUAUCUGCUAUCCAUGUGACUAGAGAAAAAAAAUUAGACAUUGCAAAAAGACAAACAAGUCGUAAUGUAUAUCAGUGUCUUGUAGUCGGAUCACCAGGAUCUGGUAAAUCAGUGUUUUGUUUGAGCCUCUUGGGUUAUAAUAUUGAAGAUAUUUCAAAUAUCCUCGAUGAGGUGGAGCCUGAAUCUCAAUGCACAAUCAAUGUAGUUCCAGUAUAUGGCCAGGAAAAAUAUUUGGUAUUGAAAGAUAUAAAUGUGAAAAAUUUGGCAAUUAUCAUGAGUGCUAGAGAUGUUCAAUGUGAUGUCGCCUGUCUGAUUUACAAUGUAGACGAUCCCAAAAGUUUUGAAUUUGUUGCUAAUGUUUAUUUGGUGAAAACAAAAAUUCCUGUACUUAUAGUCGCCUCUAAGUCUGAUUUACCUAAAGUAAAGCAAGAUUAUAUAAUGCAGCCUGAAGUUUUUUGUUCUAGACACAAAUUACCACCACCUCAACCCUUUUCUGCUAAUUACAGAGUUUAUAAAGAAGUUUACACAAAACUUACAACAAUGGCGGCUUUCCCUUCUUUUCAAGCUGCUUGGGUUUUUUUGAUCAAAUAUAUUAAAAUUUUAAUUUCCAGGCAAUUGCAACAACUUGGAUUUUUGCCUUUGGAUUCUCAAGUUUUAUGGAAAGCUGGAAUCACAUUAGCAGCAGCAACAGCUGUUGGUUAUUUUAUUAUUAAAAUUAUUAGAUCAGACAUGUCUGGAAGAUAA